UGAUUUAACUGCAGCUUGAACCGGACUCAUCUAUACAAAAUAUCUAUGUAUGUGCAUUGAUGGGAAACAAAAAUGCUUUGGUUGUUAUAUGCAGUAUGCUGCACUACAUUCCACCAGGACACAACUCCAGAUAAGAGUUGAGAGCACAGAGAUCUGUGGUUGAUGCUUGUGGGCUGUGUAAACAGUGUUUGGGUCAAAGUUUAGCCUUGUGGCCAAAGUUUCCAGCAUUUUUGUUACAUUGGAAAAGGUAAGCACUUAAAUCUCUUGGUGUAUAGAGUUUGAGUGUUAUGUGUAAUGGACCUUUUUUAAUAUUAAAAAAGCAAAAAUGUUGUGAUUAAAUAGUCAAUCUUUCCACCACUUGUAAAUGUUGUCCAUCGUCCAGCGCAGAGUGGUGUUAAAUCAGCUAAUGUUGAUGACUUCUUUACUGCAGAUUGAUGCUUUUAGAGGGAUUUGGAUGAAUUAUUUUGUAUUUAUAAAUGCUCUUCUCAUUGUCAUUAAUGAAAUAGUAGAUUACAAAAUUCAGCUGUUACAAUAUUGGCGCAAAUAACAGUUAACAGCAGACAGUUAGGUUUUUGGGGGUUUGUAUCAGACAAGUUGCUGAUGUAACAUAUUUCAGCUAAUGGUCUUUAGUGCACAUGGGCUGUGAAAACAGAUCAUUAUAAUAAUGCAGACCCUUGCACUGGACUUUGGAUGUGAGUAUUUGAGAGUGGCCCCAUGAGAGGGGAUGGUGGUGGGAAUUCUUUCCAACUAACUGGAGCAAAGAAAAUCCUCACAAUAGCUGGUUUGGACUAGUGCCUUGCAGUGACAGAAAAAAACCCACACACACUGCAUGGUGUGAUACAGCUUGAGGAGCCUAUUUGAUAUUUCUUUCAAGAAAACUGAGGGUUUCCAACACAAUCUAAACAGAAUGAAGAGAAUGCUGAGGAGCGCCCCUGCACUUGUCCUGAAAAGAGGAAUCACAACUUAUCAGAGCACAUGGUGCAAGAAUGACAGCCUCUUCAGGGUUCACCCGUCUGUAUCACAGGCAUUGGCAGAAAACAAACCGGUGGUUGCCCUUGAGAGCACUAUUAUCACACAUGGCAUGCCCUAUCCGCACAACCUGAGCACAGCACAGGAGGUGGAGGCCAUUGUACGAGCUGAAGGAGCCACUCCGGCCACGGUUGGGGUGAUUGAGGGCAAAGUCCAUGUCGGCCUGUCGUCAGAGGAGCUUGACCACCUCGCCCACUGCAAGAGCUCCCUGAAGGUGUCCCGCCGUGAUCUGCCACACGUCAUCAGCAAAGGGCUCACUGGAGGAACGACGGUGUCAGCCACAAUGAUAGCAGCACAUCGAGCUGGCAUUCCCGUGUUUGUCACAGGUGGCAUUGGAGGAGUUCACAGAGACGGAGAGAACAGUCUGGACAUCAGUGCAGAUCUGACAGAGCUGGGCAGAACUCCCAUUGCUGUGAUCUCUGCUGGGGUCAAGUCUAUUCUGGACAUUGGUCGCACCCUUGAAUUCCUUGAGACACAUGGUGUCUGUGUAGCCACUUAUGGAAAGUCAAAGAAUUUCCCAGCCUUCUUCUCUCCACAAAGCGGAUUCACUUCCUCGUGCCAAGUCGACAACCCUGCGGAGGCUGCAAAACUCAUUGCGAGCACUCUGUCCCUGGGUCUUCAAAGUGGUGUCCUGUUAGCGGUGCCCAUCCCAGAGGAGCAUGCCGCUGCAGGCCAGCAGAUCGAGGAAGCCGUACAGGCUGCAGUGACAGAGGCGAGUGCCAAAGCUAUCACGGGAAGAGAUGUGACGCCAUUUAUUCUUCAGAAGGUCAAUGAGCUGACUGAAGGAAAGUCCCUUCAGGCCAAUAUUGCUCUCAUUCAUAACAAUGCUCGAGUUGGAAGUCAGAUAGCCUGCGCACUGUCAAAACAAAUGAAUAAGAGAAAGUUGAGAAGUAGAACUCAUCAUUCUCAACAAUCACAAUCAGAAACAGACAUUGUUGUGAUAGGAGGAAUAAAUGUGGACUUUAUUGCCAAAGGAAAAAAGAAAACAAUUCAAUUUGGGCAGACCAACCCAGGGAGUGUGUGUCAGUCAUUUGGUGGCGUAGGACGGAACAUCGCUGACUCUCUGAGUCGAUUGGGCCACAGACCUCUGUUCAUCUCAGCCGUCGGAGCCGAUUCAAACAGCGAUGCAGUGUUAAACUACUGUAAACAUAUGAACACGAGUGGUGUUUCUAGGCUGGAAGAGCAAAGCACAGCUACUUACUGUGCUGUCAUCACUGAGAGUGGAGAACUGAGUCUUGGGUUGGGAGACAUGGACAUUCACCAGCAAAUCACAGAGCAGUAUGUGUCCCAGUUUGAGAAGCAGCUUUUAUCAGCCACUCUUGUGUGUCUAGAUGGAAAUAUUCCUGCCUCCACCAUCGACUAUGUUUGUUGUGUUGCCAAAAAGCACAACAUCAAUGUUUGGUACGAGCCAACGGAUUCAGAAAAGGCUCGCAAGCCUUUCCUGUCAGACGCCUGGAAGUCUCUGUCCUAUUCAUCCCCAAACCUGGGGGAAUUGUGCACCAUGAACAAAACACUGGGUAUCCCGACACCUGAAGUGCUGCCAAGCUCUCUGGAGGAGGUGCUGGAUGUUGCUGUGGCUCUCUCACGCCCCCUUCUGGAGCAUCUUCACUGUCUGGUGGUGACUCUGGGGGCUAACGGUGUGUUGUUGUGUGGAGAGCAGGAUGGAAGCUCAGUCAACCUGCAGCCAAGCAAACAGAAGAGGAGAAGACAGCUUUGUGCUGUACACUACCCAGCACUGACUGUGACCGCAGAAGAGACAAUGAACGUAUCAGGAGCAGGAGAUAGUCUCGCAGGUGCUCUGAUGGCAGGGAUCCUCCAGCAGCGAGACACAGACAGCUGUGUCAGGAUGGGGCUCCUGGCUGCACGGCUGUCCCUGGCCUCACCGCACCCCAUCGCCCCCGCGCUCACAUUAGAAUCUGUGGAUCCAAAAAAAGUCCAGACUCAGAACUGGCCCAAACUGAGCUACAGGUGCAUAGAUUGAAAAUAUUUCAAAUUGAAAAAGAAAUGUGGGAGGAAUCUGGUUUAUUGAACAUUGUGAUUUUUUUAAACAAAUGUUUUUGUUUUUUGAUUUUCAUGCCUUAAUAUUCUGUAAGUGAGUUAAUGAAUUACAUUACACAAAUUGUAUUUGAUAUCUUAACUUGAGCUUGUGAUUACAAAUCCUUGAAAAUAAAUGAUUUAAGAUUAUA